GUCAUCCUUACAUCCAUCCUCCUUGUAUCUCUGCCAAUCUCCUGAUACUCGCCCCUCAUACGUCAUGUCCCUCUUCGCCUCUUCCACCUCUCGUGCCGCAGCACGGUCAUACUCUGCCAUCGCUACGGUGGGCGCCAGGUCCUUUGCAAGCUCAUCUAGGCUCGCAGCUCCCAGUCCAUCUGCUCCUGCUUCUGCUUCGGCCCCUAACCCUUCUUCGUCAGCUGGUCCAUCAAAGUCAGCUUCCACCCUUCCCCCUUCGUCGUGUCCCGCCGGUACCCCUCUUCCAGGUCUGGCCAUUCUCAAAGACCGUCCGGAGCCCAUUGCUCUACCAGAUGAAGAGUAUCCUCCCUGGCUCUGGUCUCUCCUGGCCACUCCUGCACUCAAGACGACUUCUGCUUCUACAGAGGCAAGUGAUGCCGGUCCUUCCUCUGGCGGAGGGGGAGCUCCUAGCGGUGGUGUCCUGACAAAGGGUCAAUUGCGGGUACAGCAAAAGCGAGAAUUCAGAGAAAAGAGGGCAGCGAACGCUGCUGCUGCUCGAGCUGCUCGAAAUGCAGGCGCACUCAAGGGAAAGGGAAGCAAUAGGGCCGCUCAGGGGACUGCACCGCCUACUACAUCAGAGGAGAUGGGUAGGGUAGAGGCAAGUGUUGCAGAGGAGGAAAAGGAGAAGAAGACGGCAUUGAGAAAGGCAAAUCGGGAGGCGAUCAAGGGGAAGAACUUUGUCAAGGCAUCGUAGUCGUACAUGCAGACGAGGGGCGUGGGCUCAAUGCACUUCAUUUGUCACGAUCGAUCUGGGAAUGCAUCAAGCCAGAUGGUAGCAGUGCGGAUGUGAGCGCCUAUAAGAGCUCUUUCUGGAACCUUUUGCUGUCUGACAGGCAGCAGCAGCAGCAACAGCAGCGGUCGCUUUCCCUCGAUCACGUUGAAUGAGCGUCGGUGUAGACGCGCCCGUUGAAGAGCUCUGCCUGCGAAGUGGCUAGGCAGAACGAAGGAAUUGAUCAGCUUUGCAGACCGACUAGACAGCUGCAAGGCGUGCGUAGUGAGAC